CACUGGGCGGUAGUAAACUAACAAGGGUUUACUGUGACAUGGAUACAGAUGGAGCAGGAUGGACAGUAUUUCAGAGACGUAUAGAUGGUGACGUCGACUUCUAUAUGGGUUGGAAUGAUUACAAAGUUGGAUUUGGGGACGUUGCUGACGAGUUUUGGCUUGGAAAUGAGAACUUAUAUCUUCUGACAUCACUUGGAGAGACCGAAAUGAGAAUUGAUCUAGAAGAUUUUGAAAACAUUACUGUGUACGCUGAUUAUGCAUCUUUCUGGGUCGGGGACGAAACUACCUCUUACAGACUACAUGUAUCGGGGUUUUCUGGAAGUGCAAAAGAUACAUUGGCGUACCAUAAUGGGUCGGCUUUCACUACCAAAGAUGAUGACAAUGACAUUUGUACAUGCGAUUGUGCUACCAUGUACACUGGUGCCUGGUGGUACAGGAAGUGUCAUUACUGCAACUUGAAUGGUCAGUAUCUUUCGGGAAUUACCACAGAGGGCGGGAGGGGGUUACAUGGGCCAAGUGGAAGGGUCAAUACUACUCUCUCAAACAAAUCAAGAUGAUGGCUAGGGGGAUUGCGAACGAUCUGGAUAUAGUAGUGCAUCACAGAAC